AUGGCCGUCUUUUUGGCGAGGCGUCAUCCAGUGACAUAUAUACUCACUUUUCAACGCACUAUUUGCGCAUACUACCACACAACCGAACUUCCAAAUGAGUAUGCUGCACGCGGACGCCGUGAGGCUGCAUUAGCAUCAAAACAAGCGGCAUCUGCAAACACAUUGCAGAAAGGCAAGUCUAACCCAAACCCAAAGAUAGCUACUCAACACAACCGGGAGAACUCGAACAUCGUCGAUCCAAGUGCCGGUACCCCCCGCACAGGCAAGAAGAAAGAUCAGAUGCUCCUCAGCAUCACCUCUCAAGAAGCUCAAGAACGGCUCAUUGAGAAGGUGAUUGCUGCGCUUGCAGCAAAGCGCAAUCCAAGACCACAGCGUGCACGGAUGUCUCCCUUGGCUCAUUACUUCAUUUCCAAAUAUGCUCAGAUGAAUGAUGACAUCACUUCUUGGUUAAUCGAACGCAGGGAUACUGGAGACUUGUGUAAUGCUGCUAUCGAGGACUUUAUUCCACGACUCAAAGACCAUCUGCUCACUCAACUUCGCAACCUUGCAUAUGACGGAGAUGAACACGAGUUUUCUGAUGCUGACCGCACCUUAGUCCUGUUCACUGACAACAAGAUAUACCAUCAUAGCAUUUUGCGCGUCAACUAUACGACCUACGAUCUCCAACGUGAACAAGACACCGUCAAUCCCCGUACGCGUGCUGAUAUUAUGGUCCUCUCCCAUGAAGAUGAGAAGAUUCACCCCUACUGGUACGCUCGUGUGAUUGGAAUCUGCCAUGUCAAUGUGGAAUACUGUCAGGACAACACACAAACAUACUCAUGUCCAACGCGCAUGGACUUCUUAUUUGUCCGAUGGUUCCAAUGGGAUGGUUCAGCUGCAGGAUGGGCUGUGAAAAGACUUCAACGCCUCGAAUUCUUUGACGAGGACAGCCCUGAUGCCUAUGGAUUUUUAGAUCCAGAUUCCGUCAUUCGUGGAGUGCACUUGAUUCCCAGUUUUCAACAUCGCUCAGACCCUCAAGAUCCUGAGUCUGACUGCCGUUUUCAAUAUAUGAACAUUUUUGUCGAUCGAGACAUGUUCAUGAGGUUCCGAGGUGGGGGAAUUGGUCACAAAGCUACCAGGGACUGGGACGACAUUCUCCAACACGAGGGACAUGGAGCCGAAGAAGAGGAAGAGGGUGAUCCACUUGAAGAAAUCGCUGACGGCGUAUCAGACGCAGAUGCAGAGGAGGAGCAGGAGGAUAUCGAGGACGACAAUGGUGACAGCGAGAGUGACGAAGAAGAAGGUGAUGACGAGGAUAGAGUCAUAGCUGAUGAAGGAGAGGAGCUGGAUGAUGAUGUGCUAGCAGAGGAAGGAUACGGCGCACUUCAAUGCACAACUUGCACCAUCAGCUAUAUUCGACUUCUAUCAUGUCUCUAG